GGUGGGAGGAGGAGGAGGACCGACAAGCGAUGACCGCUGCGCGAAAAUGAGCCAUCCAUCUGCGGGAUGAAAAAAAAAGAACAGAUCCAUAUUUCCAGCAAUGAUACAGGAUUGUCUUGUGUACCUCCCCGACAGAUAAUCCCGCCGGGGAGGGUGGCGGUGGUGGUGGGGGAUUGGGGUUCAGUGAUUAUUACGGCCGACAUGUAAGAGCUGGAUAACUAUCCCGUGUGACCGAGACACCCAUCCGCAGAACGUCACCGUACAGCACCGGGAAGGAGGAGCCCCUCCGGUCCGUAAACCCGUACUGAUUGGAGACAUGUUCUGAGGACGACAGCUCGGCCACCAUGAAAGGCUUCGGGGCCAACCGCAGUCGUCACAUGUCUGACUCGUGCGAGCCGGCGCGAUGCCCACAGAAGCCGCUGUGUCCUUUGACCUCUGACCCCCACGGCUCCUUUCUGUUGAGCCCCGCCGUGAACCACUACGGUACCCUGGACCCCCACUUCCACCUGUGCUCCCCCGCCAGCCCCACCAGCCUGAACCCUGACUGCCUGCUGCCUUUCAGCCAGAUGUCCAACAGCAGCACCUUCCCUCGCCUGCACUACAGCUCGCAGGCGGAGCAGGUCGACUGCUCCCAGGCCUGUGGGGCCGGCGCUGGCGGAGUUGGGCAGGGCGGCAGAGGCGGUGCACUGUCCAGCUCCUUGUCGAUGGGCAUGGGCCUGGGCCUGGGCCUAACUGGCGCACCGAUGAUCACCAGCGGAUCGGCCACCAUCUCCUCCGCGGCCGCAGCCAAGAUGAAUCGGUUGCCCUCCAACCUUUUGGAUCAGCUGGAGAGGCACCUGCCGCUGCAGCGCGACGGUUUCAGCACGCUGCAGUUCCACAGGGGGCGCAUGUCGAAGCAACGCAGCGAGAGCCCGGGACGCAUACGCCACCUGAUGCACUCGGUGCAGAAGCUGUUCGCCAAGUCGCAGUCCCUGGAAAACUCUGCAAUCAAAGGCAACGUGAACGGGCGCUCGGCCGGGGGAGUGGCCGGCGAGGAAGGCGGCAGGCCGACGCGCAGGAGCAAGAGCAAAGACAGGGCUAAAACAGAGGGGACAAAGCAGAGACAGAGGCCCAAUGCAUUAGGCCUCUGGAGCUCAGACGACACCCUAGACACUGACACGUCUACAGCUGGCACUAUCGCCGUGGGCUACCGCCACCCUCUGAGCAUGAUGUCCCUCGGCAGAGCGGUGUCGGACAGCCAGGCCGGUUCCAGGCACAUCCCACAGGGCUACCACACCAUUUCUGCACACACUCUCAAGACCUCGAAAAGCAGCAGCGACCUCAAGUUUCUGGCAUGCCAGGCGACGCAAGUAGUAUCCAAGGAGGAGGAGGGUAGAAUCAGGGGAAGCAAGGACGAUCUACUGGUGAAGAGAGGUUCCUGGUCCUCUCUCACCCUCAGCCAGGCCAGACAAGUGUUGCAGAAGGGCUCUGCUACAGUUAACAGGACCUUACUUAAAUCCAAGUCAUGCCACCAAGACCUGGCUCAACAGUUCCUUCAGGUCCCACUGGGGGACUGGGCGGGGACUCUGGGUCGCGGCCGGGCCAGAGGAACGGAGAUCCCCUGUCGGAGGAUGCGCAGCGGCAGCUAUGUCAAAGCUAUGGGGGACUUGGAGGACAGUGAGGACUCAGAGGGAAGCCCCAAACCUUCCCCCAAAGCCACCGCCCGACGCCAGAGCUACCUGAGGGCCACCCAGCACUCGCUGAGCGAGCAGCAGCCACCUCCACCCCAACGCAAGCCUCGCUGCCACGCUCUCAUGCAGGAGGAUUAUCUGUGGUCUCCACUGCAGAGUGCAUGCUCUAUGCAGCAUCUGAGCUCGCUGCCGUGCCUGAAAGAGCUGUCGACCAAUCGGAGCCUGGAUAACUUAGACUGCUUGGUGAGCCCCCUGGAGCCCCCUCCACGCUACAGGAACAGUGGCUUCAGCCAAUGCUCUGGCACACUGGGCAGAGGCUCGGCCACUCAGCGUGUGAGUAUGCACACGUUCUUUCAGGUAUACGGGCACGGCUGCGGGCACUCGCUGCCGUACUGUCAGGGGGAGUCGCAGGCGGUGGAGGCUCUGGAUCUGCCUGCUCCCACGUGCUUCCGAUCGCGCAGCCACAGCUACCUGCGCGCCAUCCAGGCGGGCUGCUCCCAGGACGAAGACACGGCCUCCGUGAACUCCGAGUCGCCGCCGCACGCCAGUGCCGGCUACAGCUACAGCUCCAACCCCAUCAGCAAUAGGAAGGCUCCUCCACCGGUCCCGCCCCGCAUCACUUCCAAGCCCCUCAUCUCCGUGACGGUGCAGAGCAGCACGGAGUCGGCCCAGGACGUGUACGCCGACCAGCAGGAGCGUGGCAGUGAGGCCAACAGCCAGUCAGGACGCAGCAACUCCUCGGACAGCCUCUGUAGCAUCCGCACGGCCAGUCUGGCUAAGGGGAGCCGACCUCUACCGGUGCCGGUCCCUGCCACGACCCCUGGACCAGCUGCCGGCUCUGUCCAUCCUGUCCCAGCCCCUCGAGACCUCCCCCAUACCGCCGGCGCCACCACUACCACCACCACUGUCGCCACGACCACCACUUCCACGUCUACCCAGUCCCAAAAUGACACCCUGAGCAUUGGCUUCACACUAGAUCCGGUCCCUGUUGCAACCAAGAGGAAACUGUCUUCAAUCGGAAUUCAGGUGGAUUGCCUUCUGCCAGUCCUAAGAGAGGAACCGCUACCCCUGACUGCACCUCUUAAGUUUCAGUCAAUUGGCGUCCAGGUGGAGAACGGCAGGCCUCUCAGCCGGGAAAGCAGCAUGGCCUCCAGACAAAACACAGAGAGCGAGCCUCAGGAGCCGCAGGACGCCGCGCCUGCAGAAAACGACACCAACACCGCCGCCAACGGCACCAACGGCACCAACGGUCAACUCGCGAAUGCCAACGCGCCCAACAGACAGGACAAAGCCAUGGAUCAGCAGCCCCUUAAACACACCCACGCCGCAUCCAGGAUAUGCAGCCCGCCCCAGGGGACCCUGGACCCGGCUUUAGACCCGUCCUCGCUGCCGCCACCAGAUCCCAGCCUGGAGAGCGGGAACUGCUGCCCACACGGAGAUGCCGCUCGGCCCGGCCCAGCGGCUUGCCUCCGAGACGGCAACUGGUUCAUGAAGCUGCUGCAGGCGGAAACGGGGCGCAUGGAGGGCUGGUGUCAACAGAUGGAGCAGGAGACCAAAGUGAACAAGCUGUCAGAGGAGGUGUUGGGAACAAUCCGCAGUGCAGUGGGCAGCGCUCAGCUCCUCAUGACCAAGAAGUUUGAGCAGUUCCGAGGGCUCUGCAAGGAGAACUUGAACCUAAAUGCCAACCCACGACCAACAGCGCAGGACCUGGCAGGAUUCUGGGAUCUGCUACAACUCUCCAUAGAAGACAUCAGCAUGAAAUUUGAUGAGCUGUUCCAACUGAAGGCCAACAACUGGCAGCUCCCUGAGAAAUCGGAGAAGGAUGAAAACAAGCAGCUUCCAUCAUCUGUGCCAAAGAAGCAAACGAAGCCCAAGCCCAAGCUGUCGGCGGGGAAGGACAGGAGCGUGGACUCGGCUGUGGACAAACAGCGGCAAGAGGCCAGGAAGCGUUUGAUGGCGGCAAAGCGCGCGGCGUCGGUGCGGCAGAACUCGGCCACGGAAAGCGCCGACAGCAUCGAAAUCUACGUCCCCGAGGCCCAGACCCGCCUCUGAUGAGAGCGAGCCAGCGUUGGUUGUCGAGGGGGAAAGAAGAUUUAAAAAAACAAAAAAAAACAAAAAAAAAACAGACUCCCUUCAGACAUUCGUUGACGCAAAAACACACUCGCACACACAGAUAUGAGACUUACACGCAAAUGUGCAACAGACUCACAGAAGCUGAUUCCUCGCGAUGACGGCAGAAACAAUCCAGAGUAAUGCAGACGACCACGGCUGCCAUUGGACAGAAAUAUCCUUGACAUUUGUUCAAUACUAUUGUUAUUAUAAUAAUAAUAAUUCUUAUUAUUAUCUCCUAAAGUAUAUCUGGACUGUCUUAUAUGUGCAGGUAUCUUGGAUAAGGACUUUACCUUGUGAGCUGAAGAAUCUUGGUAUCCCAGAAGUUUACUCUCUCUUAAAAAAACUCCCCCUUCACCGCCGAGUCUCCCGGCAACUUGUGGCUGCCUGGUUCACGAGCUGAGCUACCAUCCACACUCUCACAGACACACACACACACUCAGGACACACAUGCAGGUGCACUCGCUGUCCAGAGUCUUCCUGUUCUCUAUUCGUAUUCGGCUGCCACUCGUUGGGUGUGGUGUGUGUACUCUUUACUAAGAUGGUGUUGAUGUACUCGGAGAUUUGCAAUGCAGAGAACCAGAGGAAGGCAGUAGCAUAUAUAUUAUAAAUAUCACACUAUUGCGAUGUUCAUUUUGUAAAUGUUGUAUACCAGAUUAUUUGUUAGAAAGAGGUCAGUGUUCAGUACCAAGGUAGUUUUUUAUAGAUCAAGUACAUGUACUGUCAUGAUAUAUUAGCACUCGAUGCAAUCUUUCACUCCACCUCCCUCUCCUCUCCUUUUUCACAGAGGCACACUACAGUAUGUGUCUGUGACUACCCAUUGUUUAAAGUCUUACGGUCUUGUUUUUGUGAAGGGAUGCGAUGAUGGACUGCCCCGCCAGUGAGCUCCAGAGGAAUGUAUGAAGUUGUAUGUAUUUACAGCUCAUGUCGACUUGAUCACUGCACUUUCCGUUCACCUCCGAUCAAGUUUUGCUCACCUUCGUUUGCCUGAUCAUUCUGACUUUCACUGCAUCACCGAGUGAUGCAGGGGACCAAGACAUUCACCACUUGAAAUGGCAUUCCCAAUCAACCAUACCACGUGUGAUAGGGUGGGGGGGGGUUUACUCGCCACUUGAAAGGAAAUGGAAUAGCUUAGCAAUAAUAAAAUCUUGCAUUUGAGCAAAGCAGUAGGUACCCAGUCUUAAAUUAUUGAAUUCAACUUUUCCAAAAAAGACUCUGAGCAUGAUGAAGGAUGAAUGUUACUUUCUUUUAUUGACUGACUGCCCUUAAAAUGAUUGAAAUCUCAGGUUGAACACAAACUCAACAGUAAAAACCACUAUGGAUGGAUUAUUUAUUAUAUAACCACGGAUUAACUGACUGAAAGCUUCAGUAGCCUAAAUCCAGACCGCCUCAAUGCUCCACUGUCAGGAAAAUCGAAAAUUGAUGCAGUGUUGUACUAAUACCGCUGCUACGAUCUGCCUCCUCCCUCGCUGCCCUUCCAGCAGCUUCAGCUAUCGCCCCUAUUGGUUGAGAAUUAACUGUGGUACCUUUUUUUUAUUCUUUAUUUUUAUUUAAAUUUGAAUGUCACACCUAAACAUGUCUCAAUUACUGUAAUUAUAAGUAAUGGUGCUGCGAGGGGCUUCUUACUGUGCCAAGACGGUAAUGAUCAACAUUUCAGUGUCACUUGAUAAAGCUUCUAUUUAAAGCGAUCUAUGUUUUUAACAAUUGACUCUGCUUAUGAAGUCUGCCUGUUUUGUAUGUACAUUCUCGGCCAAGUUAGUCUGCAUCAGCUCACUCCUCAUGCGCUAUGCCUGGCCUGCGUCUCAACUCUUUUUGAGCAAAGGACUGGAAUAACUUUUGUGUUUCUGUCAAAUUUGGAACGAGUGCCAAAGGGCUCACGAGUGGAACCGGGCAUCGCGUACUCCUGCGGGUUGUGACUCACUAGUUGUUGAUUUUUUUUUAUUAUUUUUUUUUUAAGAGCUGGCUCUCCCCCUACUGGUCAGUCCUCACGUGACACUCCAGACAUCUUACCCCGCUCCAUUUUAAAUCUUUUAGUUAACGUCACACAAGACGUGAUGUUGAACUGGGAAUGCUGACACAACAUCAAGUUGUUGAUUUUCUUAUUCACUUCUUUGUAUUACAUCAACAAUGGACAUGUGCAUUUCAUUGUCCAAAGAAACCAUUAAACAUCCCUUUGCUACA